UGUUUGUGCUGUGUGGGGUCUGCCGAGCACUGGCCUCCACAGCAAGAGAGAGAGUUCAUACCCCUCUCUCUCUCUUUCUCGGUCUCUGUCUCUCUCGCUCUCUCGCUGUCUUUCUGUCUUUCUGUGUUCCAGUCCGUCUCUGAGGGUCAGCAGUGAUCACGCAGGAGGUCAUGAAGCGAGGGUCAAAGAAAAAGAAUCACGAGAACGUUGGCAGUUCUCUGCUCAGUCAGCAGGAGAAUGAAAAAGUGGAGGAGCUCCUGGGCAGGAGGUGUGUGUCUCUGUGCUCGACGGUGGCGCAGAUGUUCAUGGCUCUGCCGCACAACCCCUCCAGCUGGAGUCUGCAGCACACAGGGGUGAUCUGCUUCGUCAAGGAUAAUCCACAGCGCUCCUAUUUCAUCCGCCUCUAUGACAUCAAGGCAAACAAGCUGGUGUGGGAACAGGAGCUCUAUAAUCAGCUGACCUACCACAGAGCAGAUACGUUCUUCCACACCUUCCCUGCAGAUGACUGCCAAGUGGGCCUGAACUUCGCAGACGAGCAAGAAGCCGAGAGCUUCUUUUUCACAGUGGACGAGAAGAUCAGCCAGAGAGUCAAUCGCUUGGAAAAUCGUCAGGGGAAAAGUCGCAACAGAGAUGAUGCAUUGCCCCCACUACCUCCAAAUGGCUCUGGGACUUGCUCUCCACUACCACUGGCAAGCCUCAACAUCCAGAAUCAAGCCCCUCCCACCAAAUCAAAAAAAGAGAAAAAGGAGAAAGAGAAAAAAAGCAAAAAGAAGGGGUCCAAACUGUCCAAAGCGUUAAUUGGUGCACCUAGUGGAUUCACUCAUGUUACCCAUCUUGGCAUGGAUGCCAACAGCAUGGAUCCAGACCUGAUGAAGCUGCUGUCCCGUGCAGGGAUCAGUGAGGCUGAUCUCAACGAUUCAGAGACCUCACAGCUCAUCUACGAUGUCAUUGAACGCUCUGGUGGAAUGGAGGCAGUGAAAAAGGAAAUGAACCAACAGGAUCGUGCUCUUCCUCCAAUUCCUGGAGCCCGUCAGGGUUCUCUUCCUCCACCUAUCCCUGGGUCUGCCUCUAUGUCCUCUCAGGCUCGUCUGGGACCCUUACCACCUCCCCCUGGAGGUGGUCCACCCGUUGAGGGCCGACGGGCGUCGUCAGCCCUCCCACCUACACCUUCUGGAGGGCGUACAGGGCCUCUACCGCCAACACCAGGAGCACCACAAGGGGGACGUAGAGCAACUUUACCUCAAAUUCCCUCUUCGUCAUCUACACCUUCACCUUCUUCAGGCCGAAGUGGACCUUUACCUGCAGUUCCAGGGGGUCGCAGUGGACCACUUCCCCCACCACCAGGAGGGCGGGAUGGGCCUCCAACAUUGGCACCUCCUCCACGAAGUGGACCCCUACCUCCUCCCCCAGGAAGGGGUAGUGUACCCCCACCCCCACCGUCAGGAGGACGAAGAGAGUCUUUACCACCCGUCCCAGGAGGCCAUAAUGGACCUCGUAGCGGACCCAUGCCACCUCCACCAUCUGCUGAAUCUCUUCCACCUCCACCGAGCAGGCGAACUGGAUCCUUACCCCCGCCUCCCCGUGACCACAGUGAUUUUCUACCGCCUCCUCCACCGUCUUCUGAAUCUUUUCUUCCUCCUCCCCCCUCUGAUUUUCUCCCACCACCAGACUUUGAGGCCUUACCUCCACCUCCAGUGUCUGAUUCUUACUUUCCUCCUCCAGCCACAAACAGGGCCCCACCCCCUCCAGCUAUUGCUAGCCAAGGCGGUCCACCUCCUCCUCCUCCACCACCUCCUCCACCUGCUGCUCCACCUGCUGCUCCACCGGCCAGUGCUAAACCCCCAGCCCCUGGUGGUCCACCUCCUCCUGUAGCCAGCAGUGGGGGAGGAGGUAGAGGAGCAUUACUGGACCAGAUACGUACAGGAAUGAAGCUCAAAACGGUAACUGCAAAUCCUGAUCCUCCACCAUCUGCAGCAGUAGAUUCAGGGGAGGGAAUUGUGGGCGCUCUCAUGAUGGUCAUGCAGAAGAGAAGCAAAGUCAUCCACUCUUCCGAUGAAGGAGAUGAAUUUGAUGAUGAAGAGGAUGAUGAUGAUGAGUGGGAUUAAUUUUAGGUCUAGUGAAGGACUUUGUGGCUUAGCAUUACAUCAUCUAUACUGUGACUUCAGCAUUUUGAGGAAUUUGAGACACAAUGAUUCAUUUUCAGUUGCUAUGCAGCACAGUAAUGUCUUCCUGCAUCAAACAAAAGGGAAAUGUGAUAACAUCUGUUAGCCUUUGUAAAUAGAAACAAACAACUCACAAGGCAAACAGUUUAACUGCUGUACAAAUGAUUCAUCCAAAUGUGUUACAUAGCCUACAUUACUGUGCAAAAGUCAGAGACCACCCUUCAUUUAGUUCGUUUACAGUCAAAACAGCCACUGAGGAGAUUAGAUACAACAUAAUUUUGCAUAAGGAAGAGGAAAAUCAAAGUGAAAUAAAGUGGGUAGAAAAAUGAGAUUCUAAGUCAAAGCAUUUCUAAAGCUGGAAUUCAAAAAAAUGUUAAAGGACAUACAGAAAAUGGAAUCCAUAACAACCAUGCAAGAUCUGGUAGACCACCAGAACAGAACAGUCACCAUCAGAUAAACAGUAUUAAAAUCUUUGAGAGAGAGAGGACUCGUGACUUAGAUCUCAAAAUCAAACAAAAAAGCUGCUGGUGUUCUCAGAACAAUGGACUGACCACACCAGCAUCCUGACCUCAGCACCAAUCCCAAGUGUUUGGGAUUAUUUGGGUCGUGAGAAGCAGAAAAUGCAACCAACUUCUAAGACUGAACUUUGAAGAUGUGGAAAAAUUAAAAGGAAGUCUCCUGAAAAGAAUGAAAGCUGUAAUAAAGUCAAAGGGUGGACAAAAUAAAUAAAUUAAAAAAUACUACAUACUUAAACAAAUAUUUUCGUGUGAAAUACAUGUUUUGCUUUUUUUUCUUGACACCAUAAAAUAAACCUUAACGGCCCCUUUGAUGGGAAAGGAAAUAAAUCAAGAGCGGUCUCUCACUUUUGCACAGUACUGUGUGUUAGGUGCUAACUCUGAAAAUGAAACAGUCCAACUAGUGAUCAAGCUGUGAUCGACUAUUUCCAAUAGUAUACAAAGAAGAGACUUGAUUGUUUUUAUGUAAAACUGUAUGAUAUUGGGGGGUGGGUAGGGGGCUGGGGCACAGAACACUGGCACAAAUACUCUAAUUACACCAGUGAGCUCACUGUACACAGCAAUUCUUUUAUUUUCUUUAUAACAUUAUAUUUAAGAACAAGACCGAACAUUUAACACAGUGGGAUGCGAAUCUAUGUAAAAACAGACAAAAACAAUAAAAAAAGUUUGUGCGGUUUUAGUCACCUCAGAAA